AUGAACCAAUUUGCUAAUAUUAAGCUACAGAUAAAUGCUGUUAUAUGUGGAAGUAAGCCAGUGGGAAGUACUUCUCAUGGAGUUGAAGGACAAACAACUAAAGCAAAUUCCAGGAAAAGUAUAAGAGGUGGCAGUAGCCUUGGAUUAGCUAGGCGACCAGCAGUUGCAAUAGAUUCUUCUCCACCAUCUCCUGCAGCCCUACGUGUUUCUUUGUCACUUCGGUUGCAAUUACUCCUGAGAUUUCUUCCUAUUCUUUGCAUUGAAAGGGAAGCAUCUGUGUCGAACAUGAAACAUUUUCUGGCCCCUGUGAUUCUUCGUCUCCUAGGCAGCCAGGUUGUGCAUGAGGAUGCAUAUAUUUCAAUGAAUGCCAUGCAUUCUAAGAAGGAUUCAGAGUCAUUAUAG